CGAGUCGAGGUUUGGCGAUCGAGCUCCGUCGAGGCUCAGUUGCUGUCCGCACCUCUCGUCUGUCGCACGGGGGAGGAGGGUCAAUCUGCCAAGCCUGCUGUGAUAGUUGGAGCGCCUUCGGCUCCUAGAUCCAGCACCCGAGGAGGCUGUUGUAAUGAUGUUAUUGUUGCUGGUGGCGGCGGCGGCGAGCGCGGCUUCGCUGGAGCCGGGGCUGCCCAAACCCCACCGCAUCGAGGCCGUGCCCGUCUAUAUCUCCCGACCCGGAUUCCCCGGCCUCCACGGUUCGGUCAGUCAGCGGAACGCCCUCGAACACUUCCUCUACUCCUACAGAUACACUCCGUCCGAGGUCAACAUCCGCCACAGGGGUCAGAAUCCCAUCACGUACCAGGUGCCCGGCGCCCUAAAGGCCCAGUCCAACGAGCCGGCGUUCAGCAGGGGCCACAUCGAAGCCUUCCCGGGCCAGGAUGAAGCCAGCCCCUUGGCCUACUACCAGGAACGCGUGGCCUACGAGGAGGAGCCCGAGUUCCUCCGAGAUGCCGUGGAGCACGUACCCAUCGAGGCCGAGCCUUACAUGGCCGAGUACGAGUCUGAGGAUGACGCCUUCUUCUCCCGAGGCGACGUCGAGUCCUACCCGCGCUUCCAGUCCGUUUACUCCGGUGGCUUCGAGGACGAGGCAAUGGACGCCUAUGUGAUCGAGACCCCGAAGGACAUGUACGGCUGGGCAGGUUACAGAGCAGCGGUCGAGUCGCCUCCUCUGAAGAUCCCGACGCACGAUCCCGAGGAAGCCAGGCCCGUGCAGCCACAGCUCAACAGCCGCCCCUUCGGCCCUUGGUCCGAGACACUCCUCGGAGGAGAUAUUGCCGACGACGACGACGUUGUAGAAGUAGGAGGGUCUCCUUCCUUCGAGGACACGUUCAGCUCCCUGGCCGGCGUCGAUCUGCUGAAGUACUACAAUGAUAUUAGGAGCCGGAAAUCGGACUACAAGCUGGUGUGCUAUUUCGGCGGCUGGUCCGUGUAUAGGCCCGAGCCUUUCGACUUUACGGUGACGGACAUCGACCCCUUCUCCUGCACCCACGUCAUCUACUCCUUCGCAGGACUCAAGGCUAAUGAAUACACGAUCCAAGCCUUAGAUGAGGAAACGGACAUCGUGAAGGGGGCGUACAAGGCAGCCGUCGGCCUGAAGAACCAGAACCCGGCCCUGAAGGUGAUGAUUGCCAUCGGAGGCUGGAACGAAGGAGGCAAGAAGUACUCGGAGAUGGCCUCGAGCAAGCAGAGGAGAGAGAAGUUCGUGGCCUCCGUCGUGAGUUUCCUGCAGGAGCACAAGUUUGAUGGUCUCGAUUUGGAUUGGGAGUACCCUGGCGCCAGCGACCGCGGAGGCCGCUGGUCUGACAAGGCUAACUUCGCCGACCUUGUGGAGGAACUCGCAGCAGCUUUCCAACCUUACGGGUGGAUCCUGUCUGCCGCCGUGUCUCCCGCAAAGUUCCGCGUAAACGAAGGCUACGACGUGCCUCGCCUGGCCCAGCACCUCGACUUCAUCAACAUCAUGACCUACGAUCUGCGAGGACCCUGGGACGGCAAGGCUGACCACCACGCCCCCAUCUCCUCCCGCCCUUCCGACAGCUGGGCGUACAAGGCCCUGAACACGAAGGACGGCAUCGCAUACUGGGCCGAGAAGGGCGCCCCGAAGGAGAAGCUCCUGAUGGGCAUUCCCUUCUACGGCCGCACCUUCACCCUCGCCUCGUCCAACACUCAGCCCGGGUCACGGGCGAAGUCCGGAGGUAACGAGGGACAGUACACUCAAGAGAGAGGCUUCCUUGCGUAUUACGAAGUAUGCCAAGAGAUGCGCAAUGGCGGCUGGGACAUGCAGCAGGACGCAGUUGGAGGACCGUACAUGAGCAAGGGAGACCAGUGGAUCGGCUGGGACGACGUCGAUUACGUCAGCAAGAAGAUGGACCUGGUGAAGUCCGAGGGCCUGGGCGGCGCCAUGGUUUGGGCCAUCGACCUGGACGACUACCUGGGUGUGUGCGGAGACAGGUGGCCUCUCCUGACGGCCAUGCGUCGUGGUCUCGGUCUUAAGGCCCUGCCAAGUAUCCCGGGCGCCAUUCCUGUCAACCCUCCAACAGAAGCUCCGGUAGUCACGCCCGCCGUCACCAAAGUCACCACGGCUGCUACAACUGUUGAGGAAACGAUGCCAGAACAAACCGCGACACAAACGCCCACCGAUAUCGAGGACAUGACAACGUUACCUCCGACCACCCUCACGCCCACGGAAGCGACGCCGGCACCUAAUUUCACCUGCCCAGGACCCGGCUUCUUCAGAUCGGCCGACGACUGCGCCGUGUACUUCCUCUGCGACUCGUCCCUCAUGGCCUACAAGUUCGUGUGUCCCGCUGGCCUCGUCUUCGACACCCUUCGACGCCUCUGCAACUGGCCGCGUCACGUCAAGUGCGGGGCAGCUUCUUCACCUCUCACAAGGAAAGCCAUCAGCUGUAACAAGGAUGGUUUGUACAGUGACGAGUACGACUGUCGCAUGUUUACCUGGUGUAAGAAUGGCGUGGCGUCGAGGUAUUACUGCCAGCAUGGACUUUACUUCAAUCCCACGACAGGAGUGUGCACAGAACCCGACCAGAAGUUCUGUCUGCCUGGACAAUCCGUCAUGAUUGAAGGUUCAGACGAGAAAGAGAUCACGCUCAAGAUGGCUCAGAGGGCAGGCUCAGAAAAGAAAGUAGUGUGUUACUUCACCAGCUGGGCCUACUACAGACCCGCACCCCACAAUUUCGCUCCCGAAUUCGUGGACCCAACUCUCUGCACCCACAUCAUAUACGCGUACGCUAUGCUGGACGGCUCUGAACUCAUCAUGAGGUCGCUCGAUCCCUAUCUGGACUUCGAUUACAACUUCUAUCAGCGCAUCUUGGGCCUGAAGAGGGAGGCGCCGAACAUAAAGGUGAUGCUGGCGCUGGGCGGGUGGGUGGACUCCGCCGGCGACAAGUACUCUCGCCUUGUGAACAACCCGAAGGCCAGAGCGAACUUCGUCGAACACACAACGCAGGUCCUGACAGCAUAUCGUUUCGACGGACUGGACUUCGGCUGGAUGUACCCGCGGUGCUGGCAGAUGGACUGCACCAAGGGCCCCACUUCAGACGUCUCGGGCUUUUCUAGUCUUAUAAAGGAACUGAAAAUGGCCUUCGAGCGAGCCUCCCCGCCGCUCCUGCUCUCCGCCGCCGUCUCGCCCGCACGCAACACGAUCGACAGGUCCUACGACGUCCCGACGCUCUCUCGUUACCUGGACUUCAUCAACGUCAUGACAUACGACUUCCACGGCGCUUGGGAGAAGGAGACUGGGCACGUCUCGCCCCUCACGUUCAGGGAAGGCGAUAGGUACGCUUCUCAAAACACGGACUACUCCAUGAAGCACUGGGUCGAGAGGGGCGCCGACCCGACGAAGCUGGUGAUGGGCAUCCCCUUUUACGGCCAGACCUUCACCCUGGCCAACCCGCUGCAGAACGGCCUCCGCGCGCCGGUGUCCAAGAACGGGAACGAAGGACCGGUCACCCACCAGAGGGGCAUGAUGGCUUACUUUGAGAUUUGUAAGACUGUUCGCAGCCCCGGCUGGACCAAGGUCGUGGACGCCAAGGGCGCCAUCGGGCCGUUCGCGCACAAAGGCGACCAGUGGUACAGCUACGAGGACCCCGAUUCCGUCACCAGAAAAGCCAACUACAUCCUCAGCAGUGGCUACGGCGGCGCCAUGGUGUGGGAUCUCAGUUUCGACGACCUCCUGAACGUCUGCUGCCGCGAGUCCAUGCCGCUCUUGCGUGCCAUCAACAGGGUCCUGCGAUCUGUGCCCUACCCGCCGCCCAGACCCGGAGGAGGCGACUGCACGAGGCCGUCCGUGGACACUACCCCCCCGACGCCCACGCGCACGACUAGCUAUGAACCAGCCAUCCAGGGCAAACCCACGGAGUCCACCUGGGGCCAGUUCAACCUCACCUCCGGCUCCACCACGAAAUCCACCCCGUCAUGGCAGACCCCCUGGACCCCCACAACCCCGAGGCCGCAACCACCUACCACCAGGAGCACCACCUCAACCACCCAGACGACCCCUCGCACCACUUCGCCGUGGUGGGUCAGGCCUUCGUCCUCCACGACCCCGAGGACGACGACCUGGUGGUGGAGGCCCUCAAGCACAACGACUCGAAUGCCGAUCACCAGAACCACGACUUCGACCACCACCACCACUACCACCACGAUGGCCUCCAGACCAAAGCCACAACCCACGCCCCCCGCUCCAGGAGGUGGCAAGUACCCGGGCGAAGCUUGUAGAAGCGGGGAUUAUUAUCCUAAAGCGGGCGACUGCGGCUCCUUCCUAAGAUGCAGUAACAGGGUGCUGGAAGAAGCUCGCUGUGCCCCGGGGCUGCACUGGAACCAAGCAAAGAAGAUCUGCGACUGGCCACAGAAUGCCAGGUGUGGGAAAGAGCCAAGCGGGCCGGCGACCACUCCUCCCCCUUUCUUACCCACCACGACCACCGCAUCCUGGUGGACAACCACACGCCCCACUGCACGCCCUACCACACGUCCCACCACCAGACCUUGGUGGCAAUCUUCGCAGCGUCCUACAUAUCCUACCACACGCCCUACCACACGUCCCACCACCAGACCUUGGUGGCAACCCACACAAACUUCCACACGUCCUACCAGCAGACCCUGGUGGCAGUCCACACGCUCUACCUUCUUAUCCUCUUCCACCACCACUACCGCCCCUCCAGCUGCCCGUCCCUCGCCGCCGUCCCCCUCGGAGUCCGGCGAGGAAUCCUGCGACGAAGGCAAGACGUCGGGAGUGCCAGGCGACUGCAGCAGCUUCCGACAGUGCCACAACGGCGACUGGGUGGUGCUCUCGUGCGCCCCCGGCCUGCACUGGAACGACCGCCUCAAGAUCUGCGACUGGCCUCAGAGGGCCCGUUGUAAGAGUACCGCCACCACCCGCGGCCCCGACAUGUUCAAGAAAUCCACCUGCACCACGGAGGGAGAGGCCUAUGCGGGCCCCCAGUGCACCGCUGUAGUCCGGUGCGCUGCAGGAGAGCUAGUCGUGCAACACUGCACAGGCGGCCUCGUGUGGAACAAUGAGCGGGCUGUGUGCGACUUCCCUUCCAACGUUCCCCCAUGCUCGGGCGUUACGCUCACGCCAGCCUCCGAAGCUCUCCGUCCCGCUGUGGCCACGGAAUCCUCGGUGUCCAGCAAGCUCACCACGCCCAGCAUCGACGUGAACCUCCCCUGCAACGAAGGCUCAUACAUCCGCGACCCGAAGGACUGCAGCUCGUACAUGCUCUGCGUGCACGGCGAAUGGCAGAAGUUCAGUUGCCAGCCGCCCUUGCAAUGGGACCAGAACAAGCGGAUCUGCGACUGGCCAAGCAACGUGAAGUGCACCCCGAGCGACCCUGGCACCGUCUCGCAAGUGGGCGUUGGCACUGUGACCACUCAGGCCUCCGUGGGUGCCAUCGGCUCCGCCACCCGGCCCACUCAGCCCCCUCCCCCACCGCCAUCGGUUGAGCUCGAGUCGGUCGGGCCUUCGGGUUCCCUGUCAGGAGACUACAUGGUCGUGUGUUACUUCACCAACUGGGCGUGGUACAGACCGGGCUUGGGCAAAUACAAGCCAGAAGACAUUGACCCAACGAUCUGUACCCACAUCGUCUACGGCUUUGCGGUUCUCGACUACAGCAAUCUCAUCAUCAAACCCCACGAUACCUGGGCUGAUUUUGAUAACAAAUUCUACGAGAAGGUCACCGCACUGAAGGCGAAGGGAAUCAAGGUCACCAUCGCUAUCGGUGGCUGGAACGACUCUGCCGGCGACAAGUACAGUCGUCUGGUGAACAACCCUGCCGCUCGAGGAAAGUUCAUCACCCACGUCGUCGAGUUCAUCAAAAAACACAACUUCGAUGGUCUAGAUCUCGACUGGGAGUACCCCGUCUGCUGGCAGGUUGACUGCAAGAAGGGGCCGCCCUCCGACAAGCAAGCCUUCGCCAUGUGGGUCAAGGAACUCAGCGCCGCCUUCAAGCCUCACGGUCUCCUUCUCUCGGCUGCCGUGUCGCCCAGCAAGAAGGUCAUCGACGCAGGCUACGACGUCCCCACCCUGAGUCAGUACAUGGACUGGAUCGCCGUCAUGACCUACGAUUUCCACGGACACUGGGACAAGAAGACAGGUCACGUUGCUCCUAUGUACCACCAUCCCGAAGACGACUACGACUAUUUCAACAUGGACUACGCCAUCCGCUACUGGAUCGAGAAGGGCGCCGCCAAGAACAAGCUGGUCCUCGGAAUGCCUCUGUACGGCCAGUCCUUCUCCAUCAACGACCCCACGAACACCGGCCUGAACUCCCCGGCGAGGAGCGGAGGGCAAGCGGGACAGUUCACGAGGGCGCGAGGCUUCCUGGCCUAUUAUGAGAUUUGUCACUUCAUUCAGCAAGGUUGGACUGUCGUGACGGAUCCUGAGGGAAGAAUGGGUCCUUACGCCUACUCUGGAAACCAAUGGGUAUCUUUCGACGAUGUGGAAACUAUUAGGAGGAAGUCGCAAUACAUCCGCAAAAUGGGUCUUGCGGGCGGCAUGGUCUGGGCCCUCGACCUCGACGACUUCAGGAACCGCUGCGGACAGGGCGCUCACCCGCUCAUGAACACCAUCAAAGCAGUGCUGGGCCCGCCCAAAGGAGCUGGCGAUGCCUCAGUCACAGGGCCUGUACCAUCGCCAGUGCCAGUGCCAGAGCCAGUGCCAGAACCAGUGCCAGAGCCACAGCCAUACCCGGUGCAAGAGCCACAGCCAGAACCACUACCAAGCUCCUCGACCCCGAAGAGCACAGCUCCUAUCGUGACUCAGCCUGAAAGUUUGCAGCCAAGCGGCUCCGGGUACAAGGUGGUCUGCUACUUCACCAACUGGGCCUGGUACCGACCCGGAGAAGGAAAGUACACGCCUGACGACAUCGACGCCUCCCUUUGCACCCACAUCGUCUACGGCUUCGCGGUUCUCAACGGCAACAACCUCAUGAUCAAACCCCACGACACAUGGGCAGAUUUUGACAAUAAGUUCUACGAGCGCGUGACAGCUCUCAGGGCCAAGGGCGUCAAGGUCCUGGUGGCUAUCGGAGGCUGGAACGACUCUGCAGGCAAUAAGUACAGUCGUCUUGUGAACAACCCAACCGCUCGGGCUAAGUUCACUGAGCACGUGAUUACGUUCAUUCAGCAGAAUAACUUCGAUGGUCUGGAUCUCGACUGGGAGUACCCCGUCUGCUGGCAGGUGAACUGCAACAAGGGCCCCGCCUCCGACAAGGACGCGUUCUCCGCGUGGGUGAGGGAGCUCAAGGUCGCGUUCGAACCUCUCGGGCUCUUGCUCUCUGCUGCCGUGUCUCCGAGCAACAAGGUCAUCGACGCCGGUUACGACGUUCCGGUUCUCAGCCAAUACCUGGACUGGAUCGCCGUCAUGACCUACGAUUAUCACGGUCAAUGGGACAAGAAGACAGGUCACGUCGCCCCCAUGUAUGCUCACUCCACAGACGAGAAUCUUGCGUUUAACACAAACUACACCAUUCACUACUGGAUCGAGAAAGGCGCCGACCGCAAGAAGCUGGUCCUAGGAAUGCCCAUGUACGGCCAGUCCUUCACCCUCGCCAGCAGCCAGGACAACGGCCUCCUUCAGAAGUCCUACGGAGGCGGUGAAGCAGGACAGUACACUCGAGCCCGCGGCUUCUUGGCAUAUUAUGAGAUCUGCUACAAGAUCCGGAGCGGAGGCUGGACGGUCGUGCGAGACAGCGAGGGCACCAUGGGACCUUACGCUUACAAGGGCAACCAGUGGGUCGGAUUCGAUGACGUUCACACCAUCAGAUACAAGUCCGAGUACAUCAAGGAAAUGGGUCUGGGCGGCGGCAUGAUCUGGGCCCUCGACCUCGACGACUUCAAGAACCGCUGCGACUGCGAGCCGCAUCCUCUCCUCAGGACGAUCAACCGCGUACUGAGGAACAUCCCGGUGCCGGAGCCGAAGUGCCCCUUGCUCGGAAACGCCCAACCCACCAUGGGCAUUGUCAAACCAGGCAUAACUGCCGUGCGCGUGGAGUCCACCACGAACGCCGUGUCCGUGGUGACGUCCCGCACCCCGAUGCCUAACACGGUCGCCCCCGGAUCGUCCGGCGGAGGAGAGUGCCAGGUCGGAGAGCGCCGCGCCCAUCCGACCAACUGCAACAUGUACUUCGAGUGUGUCUUCGGCAAGCUGGAGGAGAGGAGGUGCUUCGCUGGACUGCACUGGAACGGCAAGGACCGUUGCGACUGGCCAGACAAUGCAGGUUGUACCAGUGGCUCUUCGCCGGCCGCACCCACCCCCAUCGCCCUACCCGGGCCCACCGCUGCCCCCGCCACCACCCCCACCACGUCCAACCCCUGGUGGCCGAGACCGACCACUUCCCCCAAGCCGAUCUCCACCACCAUCAGCACCCACAUUGAGACGAUCAUCCCAGACACAGGAUACAAGGUGGUAUGUUACUUCACCAACUGGGCCUGGUAUCGACAAGGCGCCGGCAAAUACAGACCCGAAGACAUUGAUCCCAACCUCUGCACUCAUAUUGUAUACGGUUUUGCUGUUCUGGACGGCACUCGGCUUCUUAUCAAACCCCACGACACUUGGGCUGAUUAUGAUAACAAGUUCUACGAAAAGGUAGCCGCACUGAGGGCGAGAGGCAUCAAGGUCACCAUCGCUAUCGGUGGCUGGAACGACUCUGCCGGAGACAAGUACAGUCGCCUAGUGAACAAUCCCGAAGCUCGUAGGAAGUUCAACGAGCAUGUUAUUGAGUUCAUCCAGAGACACAACUUCGACGGUCUCGAUUUGGAUUGGGAAUAUCCCGUCUGCUGGCAGGUGAACUGCAAGAAGGGACCUGCCUCUGACAAAGCUGCUUUUGCCGAAUGGAUCAAGGAACUCCACUACGCUUUCAAGCCUCAUGGUCUGCUCCUCUCCGCCGCCGUUUCUCCGAGCAACAAGGUCAUCGACGCUGGCUACGACGUCCCCGCUCUGAACCGGUACCUGGACUGGAUCGCCGUCAUGACCUACGAUUAUCACGGUCACUGGGACAAGAAGACAGGUCACGUCGCCCCCAUGUAUCUUCACCCUGAGGACGAGAACAUAUACUUCAACUCUAACUUCACCAUCCACUACUGGAUGGAGAAGGGCGCCGACCGCAAGAAGCUGAUCAUGGGCAUGCCACUGUACGGCCAGUCCUUCUCCCUGGCCUCGGCUUCCGACAACGGACUCAACCAGAAGGCGUACGGACGGGGCACUGCAGGAGAGUUCACGAGAGCUGGCGGAUUCUUGGCUUACUAUGAGAUCUGUGACCGCGUCCUGAACCGUGGCUUCACCGUAGUUAAGGAUCCCGAAGGCAGAAUGGGUCCUUAUGCCUAUAAUGGAAAUCAGUGGUUCGGAUACGAUGACAUCGCUAUGAUCAGAUACAAGUCUGAAUGGGUCAAGAAGAUGGGUCUGGGCGGCGGCAUGAUCUGGGCCCUCGACCUCGACGACUUCAGUAACCGCUGCGGCUGCGAACCACACCCUCUCCUCCGCACCAUCAACAGAGUCCUGAGGAGCCAUCCCGACCCAGAUCCUAAGUGCAACAUGUAAGGAGGAGGAAAGAGGGAGGGAGGCGUGCCCGAAGGAGGGACGCUGACAUCCGCUUUCGACGAAUGUUCUCGCUCGAUCGUGUGCGUGGCGGCCGAUGCUGAUCUGCCUUAUCGGAACCCGAGAUGUUAGAUAAAGGGCCUAUCUGCUGUGUCAUAUGGAUUGUUGAGAUGCUUGGAGUAUCAGUCGAAAUUAAAUGAGUUGGUUAUGUAUACUCGCGCCUUAUAAGUUUUCAUAGUAUGGUGGCGAGCAAGGUGACCCUGAAUACAAUGUUUCCUUGAUUAUAAUAUCAGAUUGAAAAAAAGGAAAAAGACGGAAAAAACAUCACCGAUAAAGAGAUUAGCAACCGACGUGUCUGUAACUAAAGGACCUUUUAAAAAAAAAUUACCAGAAGUAACCAUACAUACAUAAGCAUUCACAAGUCCCUAAUCGGAGACACCCUUCCUUCUUGGGCCUACCCUUCCUCCCUCCCCCUCCCCCACCCCGCAACCCCCGGUGCAUCACUAAGGGGCAUACAGGGAAUUCUGCAUGACGACCUCUGCUAUGCCUUGAGGUUUGUAGUUAGCUCAUCCAGGAGAGGCUAAUGAUUCUGCUACCUGAGCGACGAGAGGGAAUGGCGACGUCGUUUCAAAUUGAGAUCGGAGUCGCUCGCCGCGUCCUCCUUCUCGCCCUUCUUUCCUCCCGCCAUUCGCUUCCUUUUGCCUCCUCUCUUCUCUCUUUCUCCAUUUCUUUCUCCUCCUUGUUGACAUGAUCGUCAGCCUCGGCAGUGCAAUAUAAAAGGAGAAUCAGAAUGAGCGCAACACUCUGUAAAAAAUAAAAAAAAAUAAAAAUGCUACGCGAUGUUUCAAAGUCGGGCUCUCACUGUCUGGUGCCUCCCCCCCUCCCCUCCAGUGAUAAUUUAUUGGAAUAUGAGAUCGUGUUUUCUGCCACGAUUUUAGAAUUCCUUAUUGUUAUUAUUGUUAUCAUUACUGAUAUCUUUGUGUAUUUACUUUCUACACAUCUACACUUUGCUGCCAGAGUGCCAAACCUAUGCUGUGUCGCGCAAUGUUAUUAUUUUUAUCCCUUAUUAUUAUUAUUAUUAUUAUUAGCAUUGUAAUGAUUAAUUAUUAUUACUAUGAUUUAUUAUUGUCCUCCUAUUAGGCCACGAGUCUGGCCUUGUGGCAUUAUCUAUUCUUAAUAUUUAUCAGUAAAAUAUAAUAAAAUCC